CACAGAGCUGCAAGUUACAGUCACAGCGAAGUCUGAAAGAAGCAGCAGUUUUCUCUCACAGUCAACCUGAAGCGGAGCUUUCUGCAUUUAGAGCGCAAGCAAAGGAUCACAUAAACACCCAGCAGACGUCCCACAGCUCUGACUCACAGCCUACGUUUUCUCUGGUCUGACACCACCACGCCAUGAUGAAUGGGACGAACUGCACCGACCCGCCGGCAGAGUUCCAGUACUACCUUUUCCCCGCGGUUUACAUCCUGGCUUUGGUCAUAGGUCUGCCGGGGAAUCUGGCUGCGUUUUUCGUCUUCACAGUCAAGACCAAACCCCGCACACCCUUCAGCAUCUACAUCAGCAACCUGGCUCUGGCCGACAUCUCCAUCCUCUGCAUGCUGCCCCUUCGGAUACAUUACCACCUGAAAAGGAACAACUGGGUGUUCAGGGACUCCACCUGCCUUCUUACAGGUACUCUGUACUUUGCCAACAUCUACAUGAGCAUCUGCUUCAUGACCUGCAUCUGUGUGGAUCGCUACAUGGCCACCGUGCAUCCUCAUACUUAUCUGAGGCUGCGGAGCCCCUGGUACGCUCUGGCUGUCAGCGUGGUGCUCUGGUGCGUCGCUGCAGUGUCGAUCCUGGUCUUCAUCCUCAUGGGACCGCUGGAAAUCGGAGACGAAUCUCUAGGCCACAGCUGCUUCGAGAACUUCGCCAAGACAGAGUGGAACAAUCGUCUGAGGCCGUUCAGCAUCCUGACCCUGGUCUUUGGCUCCCUGCUGCCAUCCCUGAUCAUCCUGGUGUGCUACCCGCUGGCAGCGAGGCGCAUCUCCAUGAUCAAGACCCAAACAGCCCAAAAAGCAGUGAGGGUCAUCUACACCAUUCUGGCCAUCACGCUGCUCUGCUUCCUGCCCAACCAUGUGGUGUACCUGCUGCACCUCCUGCAGCGCCUGGACGUCAUCCAGAACUGCUCAACGCGGGCCGCUAUAUUCAACGCCCGCAGGGUUACCAUGGCGCUCGUGGCCCUUAACACGUGUCUGGACCCCGUGCUUUACUACAUGACCACAAGCCACUUCGGAUGGAAGAAUUUAAAGAGGACGUGGGUGUGGGGGAUGGUCAGCAGGAGAAGGGGGGUCUAUACCAUUUCAGUACCUUGAUGGGGGGACAAUAGCACCUGGUAACUGUAUACAGCUGUAAAUAAAGCACUGUAAAUAUUAAAUAAAGCACUGAAAAAGGACGUUUCCUGUAAAAAUGUUU